AUGUCUGAAUUCAAACUCCUGUCGCAAUGCAAGGUGUGCAGUGAAUCGGGGAAGUCGUGCGGCCCCUUGGGGCCCCCGGACGGCCCCGGGGUGGAAGGGUCCGACUUCGUGCUGUACGUCAGCGGCAUCACGACGGAGCGCUGCGGGCAGGAGAACAUAGUGGCCUACGCCGCCUACUGCCAGCUGGAGGCGGAGCUGGACAGCAGCAGGUUGAACACACUGAGCACAGAGAGCGACAGGGAGGGAGUGCCAGUUGCCCAUCGGGACCUAAAGAGCAGUAACAUCGUGGUGAAGAGCAGGAAGGAGUGCGCGCUGUGUGACUUUGGUCUGGCGUUAAGACUGGACCUUUCCCUUACUGUCGAUGACUUCGCCAACAGUGGACAGGUGGGAACAGCUCGCUAUAUGGCUCCGGAGGUACUUGAGUCCAGGGUGAACCUGGAGGACCUUGAGGCCUUUAAACAGAUGGAUGUCUACUCCAUGGCUCUGGUGCUUUGGGAGAUGGCCUCCCGCUGCCACGCCAUCGGAGAGGUGAAGAGCUACGAGCCAGCGUUCGGCUCCAAGGUCUGUGAGCAGCCCUGUGUGGACAGCAUGAGGGACCUGGUUCUGAGGGACCGGGGACGACCGGACAUCCCCUCGGCGUGGACGCAACACCAGGGGAUGGGUGUCUUCUGCUCCACCAUCACCGAGUGCUGGGACCACGACCCCGAGGCCCGACUGACGGCGCACUGCGUGGUGGAGCGCCUCAAUGCCCUGCAGCAGGAGGAGGAAGAGGAGCGGGAACCGAGGCAAGGAGCCGAUGGAGAGACAGAAAAGGACUCAGAGACACCAGAUAGUGACCAGACUCCUUCCUUCUCCAGUGCUGCUUCCUCGCCGCCCUCCUCCCCGAGUCCUCAGCCGGACUCAAAGACAGGCGGUACAGACGUAUCCCAUGAUUCCCUGGUUCACACCGGUUCUGUGGUGUGAGCGGGGGACCUUCUUCCUCCUGCUGCUGGCUGCUUUCACACUGCCCACCGGCUGUUCCUGUCACAGAUAGUGGAGGGGCCGAUAAGGGACUAAACCUCGGUUCCCAUAACCCGACUGAUACUGAAAUCAUCUCUGCGAGUACGUAAAACCAUCUCUGUUUGCAGAUUUAUGGUUUUAUGGAGUUGACCGGCUUUAGCCACGCUAGCAGGAUGAUCUAUUGGAAAUAUCUACAGACAUUCAUGGUGUAAAAACCUUAAGAAACACAGCUUUAAAGGAUUUAGUGGCAUCUAGUGGUCUCUCGCCUCACCUUCCACCUUCCAAGCAUGAAGGACACUGGUUCCCAACCUUUUCUAUCAGAGUAAACUGACUUUAUUUUAUUGAUAUUUCAUA